UGCACGCUAACUAUUAAUUGACCCCGAGGGUAAAUGAUUAUAGGCGAAAAAUUAGCUGUCUUUAACUACGUCAAUGGCAGAGCCCAACAUGCAGAAUGGCGAUGCGGACGACGCUGGCCAGGCAGAAGCGAAGCAAAUUAAAUCGAAACAGCCCCAAAUGGAAACUGUCAACUAUUACCAGCUCUUUCGCUAUGCUCGUGGCAUCGACUAUCUGCUGCUCGUCUGUGCCCUGAUCGCAGCGCUCCUGCAUGCUCUGGUGUUUCCCAUUGCCAUCAUUGUCUACAGCGAGCUGGUGGCCAUGUUCAUUGACCGCAGCCUGGGCGUGGGAACCAGCUCGGGCACCAAGGCGCUGCCUUUGUUUGGUGGCGGCAAGCAGCUCACCAAUGCCAGCUAUGAGGAGAAUAUGCAGGAGCUGCGCAAAGAUAGCGUCGCAUUCGGCAUUCUGAUGACCCUUGACUCGCUCUUGAUGCUCUUUUCCGGCAUGACCUUUGUGAACAUAUUCAAUCAUCUGGCUCUCAAGCUGACGGUAAGCAUGAGGCGGGAGUUCUUCAAGGCGACGGUCAGGCAGGAGAUCGGCUGGCACGACAUGGCCAAGGAUCAGAACUUUGCCGUGCGCAUAACGGAUAACAUGGAAAAAAUACGCACGGGCAUAGCUGAGAAUCUGGGACACUUUGUAACCAUCAUUUGCGAUGUGGCCAUUAGCGUCAUCAUAUCCUUUGUCUAUGGCUGGAAACUGGCCUUGGCCAUGUUCUUCUACAUACCCCUGACCAUGGUGGUGAACUCAGUGGUUGCUCACUACCAAAGCAAGCUCACGGCGCGGGAGCAGAGCUCCUAUGUGCGCGCCAGCUCGGUUGUGGAGGAGGUAAUCGGAGCCAUACGCACUGUGGUGGCAUUUGGAGGCGAGCACUCCGAGUCGACACGCUACGACACCCUGCUCAAGCCCGCCCUCAAGGCGGGCAAGUGGAAGGGCGCCUUCUCCGGCCUCAGCGAUACGGUCAUGAAGGCCAUGAUGUUCAUUGUGGGCGCGGGCGCCUUUUGGUACGGCGCCAAUUUGAUUCUGCACGAUCGGGCCAGCGAUAUGCCUAUCGAGGAGCGCAAGUAUACCCCAGCGAUCGUCAUGAUUGUGAUUUCGGGCAUCAUUGUGGGCGCCAAUCAACUCUCACGGACUUCCCCCUUCUUGGAGACCUUUGCCAUGGCCCGGGGAUCAGCGCGCGCCAUCUAUGAUGUUAUUGAUCGCGUGUCCCUUAUCGAUCCGCUCUCCAAGGCUGGCAAGAUACUCAACUACGGCCUGAAAGGCAACAUUGAGUUUCGGGACGUGUUCUUUCAGUAUCCCGCACGAAAGGAUAUUAUUGUGCUGAGAGGACUCAACGUCACCGUCAGGGAAGGUCAAACUGUGGCAUUGGUUGGCUCCUCGGGCUGUGGCAAGUCCACCUGUGUGCAACUGCUCCAACGUUUCUAUGACCCAGUAUUCGGACAAGUGUUUUUGGACGGCGAGGAUGUGAGGAAAUAUAACCUCAACUGGUUGCGCUCCAAUAUAGCUGUGGUUGGCCAAGAGCCCGUGCUCUUCCAGGGCACCAUUGCUGAAAACAUUCGCCAUGGCAAGCCGCUGGCUACCCAAAAGGAGCUCGAGGAUUCUGCCAAAGCCGCCAAUGCGCACGAGUUUAUCAUUGCGCUGGAUAAUGGCUAUGACACGCACAUUAGCGAGAAGGGUGUUCAGCUGUCAGGCGGACAGCGCCAACGCAUUGCCAUAGCUAGAGCCCUUAUACAGAAUCCCAAGAUACUUCUCCUAGAUGAGGCCACCUCCGCGUUGGACUAUCACUCCGAGAAACUGGUUCAAGCUGCCUUGGAUAAGGCCUCCAAGGGACGCACCACGCUCGUUGUCUCGCAUCGCUUGUCCGCGAUCAGGCAUGCUGAUCAAAUAUUUUACAUCGAGAACGGCAAGGCGGUGGAGCAGGGCACCCAUGAGGAUCUCAUGAAGCUGGAGGGACACUACUACAAAAUGGUAGCAGCCCAUGAAUAUGACGACAAUGCUGAUGAGCUACUCCAUGAGGAGCUGCCUGAGCAGCUGCCACGCAAGCUGUCCAAGGAUGUGGAGCAAUUCCAUAGAAACUCUGUGAAAUCCCUAGAUAAAAACUUGGAGUUUCCAAUGAAGGGCUUGCAUCAAAGUCAGAAACAAGCCGCCGAAGAGCUGGAGAAGUCCGCAAAUGCAAAGAGCAUCAGCUAUCCGCGUACAUUCCUGCGAGUCCUGGCCACAGCACGCCCCGAGUGGUCUUUCCUGAUCAUUGGCACCAUAUGCGCCGGACUCUAUGGCUGCGCCAUGCCAGCCUUCUCCAUUGUGCUGGCAGAGCUGUAUGCCUCGCUGGCCGAGCCCACGGAAGAGGCGGUGCUGGCGCACAGCUCGUCCAUGUCCAUCAUCACCGUGGUGAUUGGCGUCUGUGUGGGCAUCUUCUGCUUCGUGCAAACCUUUUUCUAUAAUCUAGCCGGAGUGUGGCUAACCUCGCGCAUGCGCUCCAAGACAUUUAGCGCCAUUAUGAAGCAGGAAAUGGGCUGGUUUGAUGAGAAGGAGAACAGUGUGGGGGCGCUCUCCGCUCGCUUGUCGGGCGAUGCAGCCAGCGUGCAAGGCGCUAUCGGGUUUCCGCUCAGCAACAUAAUACAGGCGCUCACCAACUUCAUCUGCAGCUUCUCCAUUGCCUUCAGCUAUUCUUGGGAGCUGGCGCUCGUCUGCCUGAGCACAGCUCCGUUCAUGGUGGGCUCCAUAAUCUUUGAGGCCAGGUUCAGUGAGAAGUCGGCGCUGAAGGAGAAGAAUGUAUUAGAGGAAACGAGUCGCAUAGCCACCGAAACUAUUGCACAAAUACGAACUGUGGCAGCUCUGCGCAGAGAAGAGGAACUGAUCAAGGCCUACGAUGUGGAGGUGGAGCGAUAUCGCCUGCAAAUAAAGAGCCGUCUGAAGUGGCGAGGAUUGGUUAACGCCAUGGGCAUGACGCUAAUGUUCUUCGGCUACGCCGUCACCUUGACCUACGGCGGGUUCAUGUGUGCCGAGGGCAGAAUCAAAUUCGAAGUGAUCAUGAAAAUCGCCAACACAAUGCUCUAUGGUCUGUUCAUCUUGGCUCAGUCCUUGGCCUUCACGCCAGCCUUCAAUGCGGCGCUGCUCUCCGCCACACGCAUGUACGAGAUCAUCGAUCGCUCGCCUCUGAUACAAUCCCCAAAUGUUAUGGAUCAGAUGGGCAAUGGCAAGAUCUGCAAGACGAACGUUGUGGAGCAGGGCGUCAGCUAUCGUGGCCUCAAUUUCUCGUAUCCAUCACGACCCGAUAACGAGGUGCUGAAGGACUUUAAUUUGGACGUGCUGCAGGGUCAAACGGUUGCUCUGGUAGGCGCCUCCGGUUCGGGCAAGUCCACGUGUGUUCAGCUGCUGCUGCGCUACUAUGAUCCGGAUGAGGGCAAGAUUCUCAUCGACCAGGAGUGCAUACAUCAGGACAUGGAGCUGAAGACGCUGCGUCGUCGCCUGGGCAUUGUCUCGCAGGAGCCAUCGCUCUUCGAGAAAACCAUCGCAGAGAACAUCAGCUAUGGAGACACCUCACGCACCGUGCCCAUGCAGCAGAUUAUUGACGCAGCCAAGAUGGCAAAUGCCCACGAUUUCAUUAUGACACUGCCCGCCCAAUACGAGACCAUGUUGGGCGCCAAGGGCACCCAGCUGUCGGGUGGCCAAAAGCAGCGCAUUGCCAUUGCACGCGCCAUGGUGCGAAAUCCCAAGAUUCUGCUGCUGGACGAAGCGACCUCGGCCUUGGAUAUGCAAAGUGAGAGGGUGGUGCAACAGGCUCUGGACUACGCCUGCUCGGGUCGCACCUGCAUCGUGAUUGCCCAUCGCCUGUCCACGGUGCAGAAUGCCAAUAUCAUCUGUGUGAUUCAGACCGGACGCAUCAUCGAGCAGGGCACACACGCCCAGCUGCUGGCCAAGAAUGGCAUCUAUGCCAAAUUGUAUCGCAGUCAAGCCAAGUCCAAAUAAUGCGCACAACUAUGCAACAAUAGCAAAGGCAUAUGUUUAGCUUAGCCGAGACACAAACCAUAGACCACAAAAGUAUGCAACAGUUUUUGUAAACAAGCUAGAAAUAGA